AUGAUCAGUCAUAUGGAUCACGACAGCGACGGCGGCGGCGACGACGAACAGCAACCGUUCGUCGGGAGGGAUACCAGCGGCCCUGCGCGCUCGACAAGUAGGAUCAGAUUGGCGUCUACCCUAAUGCUGUUCAACUGCCUGUCCAUUGCUCUGUUUUCCAUACUCUCUAUCAGAUUACACAUAUAUCACGAUGAUAGUCUGAAUCCCGAACUCAGACGGUCCCACUUCUACAGCGAAGGCCCUGCAUACGACUGGCUGGACCUGAAAUUCCACACCGUCAACAUCAACGGCUCGCUUUUCCCCGAAGAUGAGAGACCAGGGCCACGCUCUAUAGCACGACAGAUGCCCAACAAGGAGGCCGACAAGGUCUGGCACGAAUGGGGGAAGCCCCGCUUUUUCCCUCUCACGAGUAACGACCUGAGGAUAACGGGGAAAGACAUCGAGACUGCUGUGCACCUUGAAGACAAGUAUUGGGGUUUGGGAGACGACAAGUACGCCGGUGUGAUGGAUGUUAACCACCAGUUACACUGCAUCGACACGUUGCGCAAGUUUGCCUACGGAACAUACUACAACAUGUCACAGCUGGAUCCGGUGAGAGAAGGGAAGAAGGAAAUCCACGCCAAUCAUUGCAUCGACAGCCUCGUGCAGACUGUUCAGUGUAGUGGGAAUAUGAACUUCAUCACGAUGCACUGGUACAAGUCGCGACCCAUCCCCAAGCCCAUGCCCGACAUGAGCAUCAACAAGCAAUGCAUCGACUUCAAUCACUACACGGAGUGGCGCCUUGAGAACUCCCUGUCGAAUGAAAAGUACAGGCAAGUCUUCGGCAACGCGGAGUCUCUGCCUCAGGGGCUCAAGACGAGGUCGCCGAUGGCGAAGGAGUAUCUGAAGAUUCAUGGCGAGGUCGCGGAGACAGGGCAGUAG